GCCGCAGAGUCGCGUGCAGACGUGACUCCGUAACCACGACGACGGACGGGACGGCAGGUGCGUCUCGCGCCCGAUUUCAUUUAAGAGGCAAAAAAACUUUUUUUUUUGUCGUUUAUGUGACACCAAAGAGGGCGACAUUCGGUUAUCGAUACCAUAUGGUUAUCGAAUGCAUGCGUGAGAAAUGACAGCUCGUUAUCGGCACUCUGACUCCGAGCACGCGCCCCCGGUUCCACCGAGAGCGUCACAGGACCGCACGCGCCGGCGCUCCGUUUAUACACCGGAUGCUACCGUGAAGUGCGUGCUUGUAGGGGACGGAGAUGUAGGCAAGACCAGCCUGAUUGUGAGCUACACCACGAACGGAUACCCUGCGGAGUACGUGCCCACCGCCUUUGACAACUUUACAGUGACGGUGGAUGUGGAUGGAAGACCGGUACAGCUUCAUCUCUGUGACACGGCCGGACAGGAUGACCUGGAGUGUCUGCGCCCAUUCUGUUACCGUGAUGCUGAUGUUUUUCUGCUAUGCUACAGCAUCGUCGCACCGUCCUCUUUCCACAGUGUGAGGGAGCGCUGGGCUCCUGAAGUGCACCGCUUGCACCCGAUGGCCCCCUUGGUUCUAGUGGGGACACAGUCUGACCUGCGAGAGGACGUCCAGGUCCUCAUCCAGCUUGCACGGCAGCAAGAACGGCCCGUGAGUGUAGAAGAAGCGAGGCUGGUCGCCCGCAGACUUGGGGUCAGUGCAUUCGCAGAGUGCUCGGCUUUAACGCAGAAGAACCUCAAGGCGGUCUUUGACACAGCCAUCAUGGUCAGUUUGGAGCACAAGGAGGAGCUGAAGGGGCUGAGGCGGAGGGAGAUGAUGAGGACCAAAACACCUGAUAAGCUCAGACAACUCUCACAGACAUGGUGGAGAAAGCUCAGCUGUUUCAUGUGA